AUGGCUACCGUCCCCGCCACCAUGAAGGCCCUCAUCGCCGUCCGCGACGCACCCAACGCCACGGCCCCGUCCUCGGUGCAGGGCCGCGGCGCCACCAUCAAGGAAGUGCCCGUGCCGGAAAUCACCGACGCCGAGAUCCUCGUCAAGGUGACGGCCGUGGCGCUCAACCCCACCGACUUCAAGCACAUUGACAUGCUCUCCCCCGAAAACUCCGUCGUGGGCUGCGACUACGCCGGCGUCGUCGCCAAGGUCGGCUCCGGAGCCGACGCCGCCAACGCCUGGAAGGUCGGCGACCGCGUCGCCGGCUGGGUCCACGGUGGGUUGUUCCCGGACCGCGGCAGCUUCGCGGAGUACCUCAAGAUCGACGCCGACCUGGCCUGGAAGGUGCCCGAGGGCGUCUCGGACCUCGCGGCCACGACAUACGGCGUCUCGGCCACCACCGCCGUCCUUGGCCUCAACAAGCACCUGGGCCUGCCCUACCCCAGCACCUCCUCCUCCCCGACCAAGCCUGGCGAGCCCAUCCUCAUCUACGCCGCGUCCACCGGCGCCGGGCUCUACGCCGUGCGUCUGGCCAAGCUCGCCGGCCGUACCGUCGUGGCCACGGCCUCGCCGCACAACUUUGAGCUGGUGCGGCGCUACGGUGCCGACGACGUCUUUGACUACAAGUCGCCCACGGCCGCGGCCGACAUCCGCGCCGCCUACCCCAACCUGAAGCAGGCCUUUGACGGCAUCUCGGAAAAAGGCACCACCGAGUUCUGCGCGAGCAUCCUGCAGCCCGGCGGCACCGUCAUCGUGCUGCUGCCCGCCAAGGCUGCCGAGAUUGACGGCGUCAAGAUCCAGCACAUCCUCGCCUACACGCUCUUUGGCCGCGAGUUCCACAUCCUCCCGCCCAAGGGGCCCAAGUACCCCGCCAGCGCCGAGGACCGCGCCGUGCUCGCGCACUUUUACGCCCUGCUGCCCAAGGUCAUCGGCGAGCUCGAGCCCAUCCCCAUCAAGGAGCUCGCGGGUGGGCUCGAGAAUCUGGGCGAAGGCCUGAGCCUGCUUCGCGAGGGCAAGGUGUCGGGCACGAAGCUUGGCUAUAAGUUCGAGUAA